AUACAUGGCUAAGUUAUCCUUCCCUAUAGCGCAUGUCCGCACUUCUGAUUCGCUGGCCUUUCCACUACGGCGAGGGCUAGAGUGACGGUUUUAUGACGUCACUGUCGUUGCCUCCGCCGUGCACCGGAAGUAGAUGUGGUUCGCGUGAAGUCACGAACAUUGGUGCUAAAACGGAGGGUUACAUAACAAUCACGUACCAUGGCCAGACACCGGAAUGUGCGCGGAUACAACUAUGACGAGGAUUUUGAUGAUGAUGACCUUUAUGGUCAGUCGGUGGAAGAUGAUUAUUGCAUUUCACCUGCAACAGCUGCUCAGUUUAUAUACUCCAAGCGGGACAGACAUAUGAGCUUCACUGAACCACUGGAAGAAGAGGAGGAUAUAGAAGAUGAGCCCGAUAAUCAUGUGAAUACCUCUCAAAGUUCUGUGGAUCAAGCACGUCUCUAUUCAUGCCUUGAACACAUGAGAGAAGUUCUGGGAGACACUGUUGGGGAACCGAUUAUGGUUGAUGCAAUAUUGCAGUGUCAGUAUGAUGAAGCCAAAGCACUCGACCUGGUAUUUACAAAAGAUUGCAACAAGAACGUGAAGUCAGCAAACCAGAACACGGCAAAAGAAGAUCUAUUUCCUUCUCUACAGAGCUUAGCUUACAAACACAAUAUAUUUUGUCCUGUUGAAAAACAAGAUAUAAAUGUUGAUCUAAGUCUAGCCAAAAAAGAAUUAUUUUCUAGUGGUUGCCUUGGAAGUAUGCUAGAUAUCGAAAUUGGUAAACCUGAUACAGCAUUAAAUGCUGGCAAUACUUUUUCUUCUAUUACACCCAGUUUAUCCUUAUCAACCCUCAUAGGGAAUUCAAAGCCUUCGGAAUUGUCGGAAAUCAGUCUGUUUCAAUUAAUUUCUGGUUCAAAUUUGAAUGAUAAUUUUAAAGAAUCAUCAGACUUGCUUAUGACAAACCAUUCAGGAAUUUUCUCUUCAAAUCUUGAAAGUACAUUUGAGGUUUCAGAUUUGAAACAGCAGCAGGGAAAUCAAGUCAGUACAUCUUGUACCCUAAAUAAUUAUGCUCAAGAUGGUAUAACUGAGCACAAACUAAAGUGUAAUGAAGUCAGAUCUGUUUCUUGUUUUCCGAAAAACGAAGUUUCUGAUGACAAGACCUUUUAUACCAGUACAGAUAUAUUUGGUAGCCUAAGCUCUGUUUUACAAAAUUCUGAGACCAGCAUAUCCACCAAUACAGAUAGUUUGGUUAUGACUAAAUAUGGAAGUCCCUCUCUGGCAGAUCUGAUUCAGGAGCAUAUAGAUAUCCGUCCCGAACCAGACCUUUCUCUUAGUAACUCCCACAGUAAUCCAUCUGAGAAUAAAGGAGUGCAGCUUGGAUCUCUGUUAGAUGUGAACCAACUGCCUAAUAAGUCAUAUGAAACUGAAAUACAACCAUUGACAAAAUGCCUGUCGUCUCUCUCUGUUUCGGAAAGCCUUAAUUUUAAAGAAACACCAGUAUCUUUGUCUGAUUUAAUUGAUAAGGCUAAUAUGGGUUCUACUUGGAACUCACACAAACUUUGGUCAUGUAGCCCCUUAAUGGAAACUGAUAAGGAUAUUGAUCUGAGCAUCCUUAUUAACAAUCCUGCAGCUUCUGGGAAUAUACUUGACCCACCGGUUUUAAGGUCAAAUCAAACUAAACCAGAGCAUUCCACUAAAAAAGAAAACAAUAACUUAAAAAUACACUUCCCUUUGAACCAUAAGAAAGAGAUGUAUCGAGCAAAAAUGCUGAAGGCCAGGCCAUCUCCGUUUGCUUUAAGUUUAUGUUUUAGUUACUUACCAAAAGCAUGUAAAAAAAGCAUAUUGAUGAUUCAGCAGUUCCAACAUAACUAUGUCGCUGAGGAAAAGGAUGAAAUGCUACAACCAGCAAUAACACCAUUCAAUUUUCAAACACCUUCCCCUGAUGACAUUGUGAAAGAAAAUCAGAAAAAAGCUUUCAUGAGAUAGUAUCAAUUGACUUUUUUUUUUUUUAACUAACUUUUCUUAUUGUCACCUAUGGUUAUUGAUACUGGUGAUAUGUGAUUUUAUAUACAGUUUAAAUAUCUGAAAAGAUUUUAAAAAAGAUUUGUAUUUUCUUUUGAAACUGGGUUUUGAUGGAGGUUUCUUUUUUAACCAAUAUUUUUUUUUUUUAAUUGUAAAACAGUAUUUAAAGCCAACCAGCUUUGUUGACCUAAUCAAAUAUAAUAUAUCAUUAAAAAAUAUAGCAAAUAAAUUUUUGUUGGAACUGUAGACAACUUCAGAUAUUACUUUGGGAUAAAUGGAUUUACAUUGCUCAGCAUUUAGUAUUCAUAUCAAGCUGCUGUUUUAUUUAUCUUGUAAAUUAUUUUUUAUUGGUUAUUAGCAUCUAUCCAUUUUUAUUAAUGAAACCUCAAUAAAUCUGGCCACAUUCAGUACAUUCAUUUAUUCUUAUGCUCUGUUCUAAACCUUAAUGAAAAUGUAUUGUAGCAUAUAGGUCACUGGUUUUCAAACCUGUCCUCGGCUUCCCCAACAGACCAGGUUUUCUGGAUUACCUUGGAUAAUAGCAGGUAAAAUAUCUAGGUUUACUAAUCAGCUGAUUGUUUCACCUGUGCUCUAGUUCAGAUAUCCUCAAUAUGUGACCUGUUAGGGAAGUCUGAGGACAGGUUUGAAAACCAGUGAUAUAGACAAUUUAUUAACCUCAUAUUGGAAGCAAACAUGUACUUAUAGACCUAUUUCUUGCCAAAAAACAUUAAUUUGCUUCUAUAAAAUCGCUUCAAAACCGACAUGAUUCCUACGGCUGUUUGCAAAACUAAAUUUAAAUAUUGACACUCGUCUUAAAAUAGUUUUACAGCCUUAUUCCAAGAGAAAUUGUUUUAGCCAUUCCUCAGUUAAUUUGCAAGAACUGUGAAGUGUGGCCUGGGCAGAACAGAAGUGUUCUCCGCAUACAGUGCAAAAGGUUCACUGUUGGUGCAUUUUUUGCUCUUGACGAAAAUGAAACCUGUUCAUGAUCUUGCUUUUAGGAAUAGUUAAAGGAAUACUAAACACACAUUUUUUUUUUCCAAUGUUUUAGAUAAAGCAUGCAAUUUUAAGCAACUUUAUCAUUUACUCCUAUUAUCAAUUUCUAUCUUUAUUUAAAAAAGCAGGAAUGUAAGCUUAAGAGC